GUCGUCGUCUUUAUGUGCGUGUCCGCCUGGCGGGCCUGGGAUCGGCGGCUCCCCGGAUCGCCCCCCUGUGCGGGGGAGAAGGAGCAGCAGCAGCAGCUGCACUGAGCCCCGCGGCUGCUUCGGGCGGAGGAGGCCGGAGAAGAUGGGGGACUUCUACGACCCCGAGCACCCCACCCUCGACACAGCUUUCAUGUCGAAGGAUCCCAGUGGACAUCAUAAACCUAAUGCGUCAAGCAUCCCUGAAAUGCAGUCACCUCUGAGGUGGAAAGGGGCAGACAACUGGUGUAUCUUUCCCCAGAAUAUGGAUGGGUCUGAAGAGGUAGAAAGAGAAGAAGAAAAUGAGGGCAAGUCUGAAAAUGUUCAGAAACCCGGUUUUGUCAAAGGGCCGGUAUUCAAAGGAGUCGCAUCUAGCCGUUUCUUGCCCAAGGGCACCCGAACAAAAGUUAACCUUGAGGAACAAGGCAGACAGAAGGUGUCCUUCAGCUUCAGUCUAACCAAGAAAACUUUGCAGAACAGAUUUCUGACCGCCCUUGGCGACAAGCAAAACGAGACUCAGAGUUCCCCAGUUGCACACUUUCAGACUGACCUUGCCUCUAAAAUUAAACUGGAUCUUGGAGAUUCUUCUAGUGUUGGGGAGGAAUUUUCACCACCAAAGCCUAAGGUGGAGUUAGGCAAGAUCCAUUUUAAGAAACACCUGUUGAAUGUUACAACAAAGCCUCCUUCAGCCACUGCUGUGCUGCUGCCUCCACCACCACCACCACCACCAGCUGCUCUAGCACCAGUUGCUGCAGUAGAAUCAGUGGAAUUGCCAUCAUCACCGCCGCCACCACCCCCUCCUCCUCCACCACCUCUUCCACAGGUGCUACCAACGCCAACACCAGUACUAACCCCAGCAGCUUUGCCACAAGUUCCAAUUGCGGUACCCAGUGCAUCCAUGCUUCUGUUGCCAUCGCUCACAGAAACUGUUGUUCGAAUGAUAAAAGAACCCUCAAUUAAAGUACUGCAAGAAACUUUAGAACUGAAUGCUAAACAACAUGCUGUGUUAGAUGGCUCUGAAGGACACCUAGCUCAGGCCGUUUCUGAGGAAGCAAUACUAGUCCCAACAAACAGAGAUUCCCAUAUUGGGAAGGAGGAGGAAGUUUUAGAUGUCUCUAAGUGUGCUUCUCUAAGUUCUAAGAAGCAAGGUUCCAAGAGGAAAUUCUCUCCGUCUGAUGGUGUGUUGCCAGGUUCUGAAUCUGAUGAAGAUUCUGUGAGGACCUCUUCAAGUCAGAGAUCCCAUGAAAUUAAAAUCUCAUCAAGCUUGGAGAAGGAAAAAGAUGCACGAAGGAGCUCAGCUUCUCUCAGAAGUGAGGAGCAAGUGAAAUCCUCAUCACGAUCUAGAUCUGACAGAGAUGAAAAAUAUUCUAGUUAUUCCAGAUCUGAAAGAGACUCAAGAUAUUCUUCCUCCCGUUCCAGAUCUGACAGAGAAAGGAGGCGGAGCAGAUCCCGCUCUCGUUCUAGAUCAGAGAGAGGCUCUAGAACCAGUUCUUCCUAUUCCAGAUCUGAACGAUCACAUUACUAUGACUCUGACCGGAGGUACCACAGGAGCUCUCCAUACAGAGAAAAGACACGAUAUUCCCGCUCUUAUAUGGAUUGUAGGACAAGAGACAGUUCUGAUUCAGAAGAAGAGUAUCGUAGGACAUAUUCCAGGUUGACAGACUCAAGGCGUACUUCCUCUCAUUCUUCUUCUUACAGAGAUUCAAGAACUUCUUCCUAUUCAAAGUCUGAACGAGAUGGCAGGAUAGAUUCCUCUCAUACUGAUUCGGAGAAAAAAGGAAAGCCUACAAAAUCUGAUAGAGAAUCAAAAAGGACUUCAGAAAAUGAAGUGUCAAAGAGGUGCUCUCCAGUCAGCGAACUGGGAUAUCGGAGGGGAGCAUCCCAUUCUAAAACAGGCAGCAGUAUGAAUUCUUCCUGUCACAAGUCCACCUCUUCAAAGACUUCUGCUCCAAAGUCAGAUAAAUUUAAAAGUUCUUUCUGUUGUACAGAAUCUGAGGAAAUCAGAGAGCAGUCUAAUUGUAUAGACUUGGAGGCGCCUUGUGUACAGAGCUGUGAAACGAAAACUGCUAUUUCACAGAAGCCAGAAACAGAAAGGACUGUUUCUCCAUUAAGUCCGUUAAGUGAUUCACCUACUUUCAAAAAGCUAGAUGAGUCGAGAGAGGCUUCUCCUAUUUCCAAGUUAAAUGAACUUGCAGGAAUUGAUAGCCAUGACAGUAUUAAGGAAGUGGAAUCUUUAGUCAAGGUAAAACAUGAUCAAUUAAGAACUUCUUCUCCAAUAGAACUGAAUAUAAAUGGGUCCCCAGAAGGUAGGACCAGUGAUAUGGCAUUGUUGGGUAACUCCAAAGUGGAGGAAAUUGCAAUGUCUUCUGAUGAUAGUUUAGGUAAAACUGAGAUAACGCCUCAAAUCAGAAGUUCUAAUUUGAAUGAGUUGUCGUCUAAUGGUUUUCAAAGUGUAUAUCUGUCUAAAGGACAUGACUUGGAUGAGUCUCCCAUUUUUUUGACUGAAUCCAACAGUUCCUUUAAAGAAAAAUCAGAAGUUCCAGUUCCUUCUGAAUAUGAAUUUGCACCUAGCUGUAUUGUGAAUUUAAAUCAUUCUAAAACAUUAACAGAACCCUGUAAUAAAACCAAAGAUCCAGCCCCUUGCUAUCUUUCGGAUGAUGCCACUAUUUCUUUGUAUUAUUCAGAAGUUGAAAUUGAAGCUGAGCCUUCAGAUACAAAAGCUACUCAAGAAUCUUUUACAGAUGCUCAUGUAGAGCCUCAAAGUAAAACAUGGAAGUAUGCUUUUGUAGAGGGUGAAGAGUCCUCAAAAUCUGCUGAUGAAAGUGAAAAAUGUGUUUCUAGAAGUUUCAGCUUAUUGGAGCCUAGCCCAGUCAGAGAUUCUUCUGCUGAAGAAUAUUCUGUGGAAGUGAAAGACAAUCAGUGUAUUUCACAGCAGCAACACAUUUCAGAAAAUGUGUUCUCCCAGUUGGAAAAACCCUUUCAGGAAAAGAAUGAAGAACUUCUGGAGUGUCCUGAAGUAGCGCUUGAACUAGAUGCUCUGCAUGUUGAUUCUAUUGUAGAAAAACCAAAAUCACCCUUUAAAAAUGAGCAUUCUUAUUAUUUAAAGAUACCUGUAGAAGAGCCAGAGAAAGAGGAACCAGAUGAAGAGAAAGAUUCAGUUGCCCUUGAUGAAGGAACCAUAUCUGACUUGAAAGACUUCUCUCCUGAAGCUUCAGUGAUAAAGGACAAAGGAAAUGACUCCUUGGUAGAACCUGCAUUUUCAGAUGCUCUCUCUCCAUCUUGUGAUAUUGUUGUGACUGUAGAAGAAACUGAAACACUCGCUGAAACAUCCAGGUGUGACAGUAGUGUUAGUUCUCCUGAGCUCACUUCUAUUCACAAUGAAGAUUAUUCAGAUACAGCUGAAAGUGUGAGUGAGCAGGCUAGUGAUGAAAGUGAUACAGAGUACUCUGAUUCAGAUGACAGCAGUGUUCCAAGGAACCGCCUUCAAUCGGUUGUGGUGGUUCCAAAGAAUUCUACAAUAACUAUGGAAGAGAACAGUUCUUCUCGGAACAGCCAAAGUAACAGACGCUACUUAGAUCACUGGGAUGAUGGCAGGCCAGAGACCAGCAAGCUGUUCUAUGAAGAAAUGCCAGACGACGUGGAAUCUAAUAAUGGUCUGCAAAAUGAAAGCAAGUGUUUGCCUUUUAGAGAUGUAGAGGGGAGCCUAGCAAUGUCAACGGAGCUCAACAGAACAGAGGCUGAAGACUUUCAGCCUGAUGGCUCUCAGCCUCAGAGCGAUGGUGUUGACAGUACCAGUCAGUCAGAGCUAGCAUCAGAUUCUGUUAGCAAACCAAGUUCAGAUGAAAGAACAAUAUUAAAUGAACCACUGUCUAUAGUUCGUUCAGUUGACAGACCACAAGAAGAACUGCACUACCAGACCUUUGAAAUGACUGACCAUGCAUCUAGACAGCAGACCAAUGUUUCUAAACCGGACAGUAGGCAGGGGAAGUCUGGUUUCAGUGAUCUUUCUAACACUGGCAACUUCUGCAGAGAGGAUGGCUAUCAUUCAGCAGAGGACCUGAAUAGCUCAGGAUGGGAUUUUUCCCAGACAGAAAAGCCAAGUAGUACAUACCAGCAGCCUGAUAGCAGCUAUGGCAUUUUCCCAGGUUAUAUAUACCCACCAGGUUCAGGGCCAUAUAUUGGGUCCCAUAAUUACUGGCAUGACAAUGGCUAUUGGGAUCCAAGAUUAAGUAACAGACCCUCCGAGAUCAAUUAUGAGCGAAUACAAGGACAGGUCCCUGAUUCACUAACAGAAGACCAUGAGGAGUAUGAAGAAGUUGACCGUUGGGUUGAUGAAAGCCAGCCCUUCUCUAGUAAGUUCCAGGCCCGUGACCCUAGGGAGAAGGGUUCAGUGCAAGCGCAUGAAAUAAGUAGUAACUCGUCUAAAGAGCCAGCAGUCGCAAGCGAGAGAAAAGAGCAGGUAAAUAAGUCUUUGGAUAAAAAUGACAUGAAAGAGCGAGGGCCGCUGAAGAAAAGGAGACAGGACUUGGAGAGUGACUCGGAGAGCGAUGGGGACUCCCGGGAAAGGAAGAAGGUCAAAACGGAGGGUGAGCACUUGCCCAUUGUGCCUCAGGACUCCUCAUUGGUUCGCCCACUGUGCUUCAUGGAGGACUUCAGGGACCCGCUGCGUUGGAAAGAGUUUGCCAAGCAAGGGAAAAUGCCCUGCUACUUUGACCUUAUUGAAGAAAAUGUAUAUUUAACAGAAAGGAAGAAGAAUAAAUCCCACCGUGACAUCAAGCGGAUGCUGUGUGAAUGUCCCACACUGUCCAAAGAUGAAAGAACUCAAGGAGAAGUGGCAUGUGGAGAAGAUUGCCUUAACCGUCUUCUCAUGAUAGAAUGUUCCUCACGGUGCCCAAAUGGGGAGUACUGCUCCAACCGGCGGUUCCAAAGAAAGCAGCAUGCGGACGUUGAAGUCAUCUUGACCGAGAAGAAAGGCUGGGGCUUGAGGGCAGCAAAAGACCUCCCAUCCAACACCUUCGUACUGGAAUACUGUGGUGAAGUGCUGGACCAUAAAGAGUUCAAAGCUCGUGUGAAAGAGUAUGCCCGGAGCAAGAAUAUCCAUUACUACUUCAUGGCACUGAAAAACGAUGAGAUAAUAGAUGCCACCCAGAAAGGAAACUGCUCUCGUUUCAUGAACCACAGCUGUGAGCCAAACUGUGAAACACAGAAGUGGACUGUGAAUGGACAGCUGAGGGUUGGCUUUUUCACCACCAAACUAGUGCCAUCUGGUUCAGAGCUAACAUUUGACUACCAGUUCCAGAGAUAUGGCAAAGAAGCUCAGAAGUGUUUCUGCGGCUCUGCCAACUGCCGGGGUUACCUUGGAGGAGAGAACAGGGUCAGCAUCAGAGCUGCGGGGGGCAAAAUGAAGAAGGAGCGGUCACGUAAAAAAGAUUCGGUGGAUGGAGAAUUAGAGGCACUCCUGGAGAAUGGAGAAGGGCUUUCAGAUAAGAACCAAGUUCUCAGUUUAUCUCGACUGAUGGUGCGGAUUGAGACUCUAGAGCAAAAGCUCACCUGUCUCAAACUCAUACAGAACACGCAUUCUCAGUCCUGCCUGAAGUCUUUCUUGGAAUGCCAUGGUUUGUCCCUUCUCUGGAUUUGGAUGACUGAGCUUGGUGAUGGCCGAGGAAAUACAGUCAACAACUUGAAGCUCCAGUUUGAGAUUAUGAAGACCCUGGAGCUUUUGCCUAUUCCCAAUAAAAACAUGUUGGAGGAGAGCAAAGUACUUCCGAUUAUCCAGCGCUGGGCCCAGACCAAGUCUGUGAUUCCACAGCUAAGCGAAGGGGAUGGCUAUUCCAGCGAGAACACCUCACGGGCUCAUACGCCACUGAACACACCUGAUCCUUCCACUAAGCUGAGCACGGAGGGUGACACAGACACCCCGAAGAAGCUUGCUUUUCGAAGGCUCAAGAUCAUAAGUGAGAACAGCAUGGACAGCGCCAUCUCUGACACUACCAGCGAGAUUGAGCUGAAGGAGGGCAAAGAAGACCUUGAGCAGCCGGAGGAUACUGCAACAGAGGCUGUGGAGGAGCUGCUGCUGCUGCAAGAGCCCACCAAGGAUGUGGUGGUUGAGGUCUCGGCAGACACCAGCAAACCCCAGGCUGCUGAGCAGGAGACUGAGCCUGAGGCAGAGGCUAAGGACAGCAGCAUCGCAAAGCUGGAGGAGCCAGUUGCUGCAGAAACGCCCUCUCAGGAUGAAGAGGAGUGUGUGUCGGAUGUAGAGAGUGAGAGGAGUCAAGAGCAGACUGAUAAAAUAGUGGAUGUGAGCGAUUUGGCUACCAAACUUCUGGAUUGCUGGAAAGACCUAAAACUUCUCAGGGCAGCAAGGAGCUUGUUAACAUCAUCCCCAGCUGACCAUGCGUCUCCUUUUCUCAACUCCAUUUUCAACUCCGUCCUGAAGAAAGGAGAGAACAUAGCGUGCGUACUGUGAAGAAAACAGGAAGAUGGUUGGGAAGCUGGAUGAUGCAUGAGAAAUAUAAUAGGUGGAAAAAGAGAGGACAGAGGUGGCUAACUCAUUGAUGCCGACGUAUUUUUGGUGUGUCCAUUGCCGGCAAUGGACGUCGCUCUGGGAGAAUCCCCCUAUUCCUGGCGGGAAAGGAUCGAGUGAGCUAUUCCUUUUUUUAUAUCUAUAUACUUCUUUACACAAAAGAAAGCUGCCGUGACUCAGACUUUCAAGCCUUUAUGGUUGGAAGUCAUGAAUCCAGGAUGAAUAUCAACAAGGUAGCACACAAUCCACUGGAACACACUCACUCACUCACACAACACUCGACACAAAUCCAGAAGGGUAAGUUUUCAGCAUGGGUUUCUGCAGACAUUUCCUAAUGAAUGAGGAAGUGAUGCAUGUGUCUCCUUGUGCUGAAAACGUACUCCAAACUAGAAGGGUCAUUCAACAGGGAAUGGCUAAAACCAACAUAACAUUCAUUUUGCUCACCAUGGAUUUGGAAUGCAGCCAACAUGCAUUAAGAUGUAAGAAAAACAGGUAAGUGUCCCAAGAAGGACUGAUGAAACUCAAACCAUAAGACAUCACCAAGGUAUGAUGGCUAAUGAUUCCAUUGUUGGCUUCCUAAAGUGUGUGAAGUAUUCACCUCUUGAGCUAGAAUACAUCACUUCAGCAUAUCAUGAAAUAGAUGCUUCCAAUCCAGUAUACAGACUCCAAAGACCAGUUUCAUCGAUAGAUAGCGUGGCGGUGAUUAGAUGGUUAGCUGGCUGUAGCUUUUUUAUUUUCUGGUGGAACUUUGAGUAUUUCAUUGUGACCAGGAUUGGGCACAUCCCCAAGUUCAGUCAGUGUAGUAUUUCCUUGCGACUGGCUUCAUGCUGUGUGUAUAUUAAGAAGAUCUAUUUCCUCCCACUCAGUUGUCCUAGGAGGUGAGUGGCAGUGCAUUAGGAAGUGGUUAAGACCACACCUUAGCAAUUAUGGUCUCUUCAGGAGGUGUCAUUCGCUUUGGAGGGUCUAGUAGAGUAGCUUACUUUGAGUUAGAUGGCAUUCUAAUCCUCUUGUACUUCUACUUGGAUUUAGGCGUGUGCUUCGGUUGUUUCAGAUCUGUUCCCAGCCUGGUGAUAGCUUGGGAGUAGUAAGUCUCUAAAGGAGACUUUGUGAAGUAUAAUGGCCACUUCUGCUCUUCCCUCUUGGUCCCUUUACUCUGCAGACUCCACCCAUUGUAUUCCCUUUGAGUUGGUCUCUUCUCCAGUUAGUUGCCUGAAGUUGAUUAAUACAAUAGCAGUUCUUUGCCUUCUGGCUCUUAACUGCUAUUCCUUCUGCAUGGGACACUGAUUAUCCCAGGCUAUGUUCUCUUGCUACAGUGUGCUGUCUCUAAAGAUGUAUCAAACAUAUGGCAAGGUUCUGGUUAGUUGAUAGAUUUGGUGGAAAAAUCUGGACCUGUCGCCUACAGUUGGCUAUGUUGCUACAUUUUGGUGCAGGUCACUUGAAUAUGUGUGGCAUAAAAGAGGCCAUAGGGUGGGCCCCAUUUUGUUUCAUUAUUUUGUAUCAUUAACAAAAUAAACUUGGAAAUAUAGGUUCCCUACUUGACUGCCACCUUGCAGCAUGGGACCUGAUCUCGGACUGAUUUGGGGCCAAUCCUGGGAUGUGCAAGAUUUAACAUUAGUGGCUUUAGUUUAAAACCGGGGAUAUAUUUGACAGAGUUUUGUGAAUUGGUUCAUGGAGCUUGAAAUGUUCGUGGCUUUCAGCUUUUGGUAGAACUUGAGAAGUGCUGAUACUUCUUAAAGCCACUAAUAUUUUAUUGUUGUUGUUAAGAGGGAGGUUCAGUGUUGGGUCUCAGUAUUUCAAUCUUUUAACAUCUUCAGUGCCAAAGAGAGAGAGUUUGGUUAACAAAAUGGGUCAGUUCUAUUGCUGUAACAAGGCAUUCUGUUUGUGUUGGUUUCUUUGCUUAUUAGUGGGGCAAACUUCUAUAAUUUUUCCCCCAAAAUACAGUUUGUAUGACAAUGUGAUUUCAUACAUCUUAGCCACUUUGUGGUAGGGAUUCUCUUGAUCCCAUUUCUAAAUCUUCAAAUUAUAUCUUAAGAAAAGCAACUGUAAGGUACAGGGAAGGUUAGUUUCUUGAGGAGCCUUCGCAAGACCAAGCUGGGACACCCCACACACACACACACACACACACACACACUCACUCAGGUUAGGAAAAGGCAACUUGUUCCUUCUCACCUAUUUGUGUGUGUGGGAUAAGCACAUUCUUCUCUCUAGAACUGAGCCAUGAUCUUUUGAAUUCCUCUUUAAAGAAAGGUCUAUAAGCUUGUGCAUCUCUCUUCAUAGUAACAUUCCACAUUGUGCCAAAGGUGGUAACCUUCUGGGACAGUCAUAGUGUAAAUGAAUUGAGUAGAGUGGCGUGUGAGGACUAUGAAGAGAUGAAAAAGGAAGUAGAAUGAAGUGGGGAGGAGGACUGCACGAUGCAAAACUUUGUUUUGUGCUGUUGGCAAACAGAAAGUACCCAACUCCCAGAGCUGCUAUACUUAGUGAAAGGCACUCAAAGAGACUGCUGAGCAUCUUGACAUGUAAAGGAAGCGAAAAAUAGGGAAAGAAAGAGGUGGUAUGGCCCUCCUAUCGCUUGCUUAACCUGCCUUGUGCUACAGUUAUGAGCCAAUGGAGGAUGUGUAAUUCUUUCUUUUUUCUGGAUAGUGGCCAUGAACAAUUGGGAGACGCUCUUCCAUUGACUGAAGAGCAACUUUUUUUCCAUUGUGCCCCAACUUUCCUUUGGAUUUGUUCAGCAUUUUGAUUCACACAGUCAGGUUUUUCAGACUUAAUAAAGCUUCUUAAGUGGCCUUCAAGUCUACUUCAGGAAAAUAUUUUUAUUUGGCCUUUCAGCAAAAUAAGAAAUUUAUUAACUAGGGGUGUCUUUUGUGUCAGUACUUUACAAAGCAAAGUAUUCUCUGAUGUAACCUGGACACAGAUAGGUAUAUUGGAAUCUUGUUUUUCCUUUUGUCAUAAAGCUGAAGUAGGUGCGCCAGUUUAAACAAUGAAGUUGAUGUUUAAAGCCAAAUGUUUGGCAUUUCCCUCAAUUUUCUCUUGUUGUGUUAAAUGUACUGUAGUUGCUUCUGUUUCCAAAAAUAAAACCAGUCUACCAUUUGCCUGCA